UAUUGUCCAAUCAUUCGAAACGUUCGACUUAGGUUUUUACCGAUGGCACGGAUGGGUGAUGUACCAAAUGUAAUCUCCAAGCCCAAUAGCUGCUGUCACAGUAAUUAAAUAAGCGCAAACACGACCCAACAAAAGCUGAUGACAAGAGCAAAUAUUUGCAGCUACAUGCCUUCUUAGUUUCCUGAUAAUUUGAUAUUUUCCAUUUAGGUUGGCCUUUAUGAGUUGUUCGGUGCCAAGCCCACAAUUUAAUUUUACUUCUCGAGCCGCCUAGCGCAGCAAUUCCUUGUUCAAAGAGCUCAGUGUUUGAUCAUGAGCACUACAAUACUUAACUGCACCAACGCCUUACUCUUUGCAAACGUCUCUUCAACAAAUGGGACUUUGCUGAAUGCAACGAGUUUGAAUUGCACCAGUUACAAUUCAACCUCAAAUGGAACUACAUUCAAUGGGAGUACAACAACUUCUAAGGCUGGCGGGUGUGAGCUCACCUUCGAGGAACAAUUGGGAAUAACCUGCGUGUAUGGAUUGAUUGUGGUGGCGGGUCUUAUAGGGAACAUACUAGUGGCGGCAGUGAUCCUAGGAAACAAAAGUAUGAGAAAAUCUACUAAUUACUUUAUCCUCAGCAUGGCUAUCGCCGAUUUGCUUGUCAUCCUCGUCACAAUCCCCCAAAAGAUAACAGGAGUGAUGCUGGAAAACAUGCACCGUUGGAUUUUCAAAGGAACAUUAGGACUUGUUCUGUGUAAGACAUCGAAUUUCCUGAACGAUCUUGCCACCGCAGUGUCUAUUUUCAGUCUGAUACUCAUAACAUUUGAUCGUUUUUUCGCGGUGGUUUUUCCACUAAAGUACCACAUUAUGUCCUCGACGAAUUGCAAGUGCUUGAUUGCCCUUAGUUGGAUUGUUGGGUCGGAAAUGCACGCAGUUUAUUUCUACGUCUUCGACAUAUUUUCUCCUCGGGCUGGCCUGGAAUUAUGCGUUCCGAUUUGGAAAUCGAAAUUCCAAGAUCCACACCUUCAAAAGAACUACUACCUAUCUAUGUUUUGUAUCUUAGCCAUCAUACCUUUUGGGAUUAUGGUAAUCGCAUAUACCUUAAUUUUAGUAAAGCUAAGAUACAUGUCUAUGCCUCUUGGAGACUCUGUGACCGAAAAACAACGUCGCCAACGAGAGCAGAGAGAGCGAAAAGUGUUGCGUAUGGCUGUUGCAAUUGUCAUGUCUUUUGCAUGCUGUUGGGCACCUUUUAAUGUCAUGGCCUUUUUGAAUUUCUUCGUGUUUGUUCGAGACAAUGACUUAUGUUUAAAACUUCGUCUGUCCAUUUUCUGUGGCAUACCCGCCUAUUUAUUUUCUGCCUUGAAUCCUGUGAUUGUUUUCUCAUUCAGUGAGAAUUUCAGACAGGGUUUGAAGAUGUACCUAUCAAGGCUGUGCCCUGGACUGGAAUGUCUAAAAGUGGAAGAUCGUACUGCCAGUACUCGUGUGACCCGCACACAAGUGACUGUGUACUGCAAAGAGAACGAGGCAUACGAAGAGAAGUAAGACAAAACAAAUCAAAGAAACUACUCGACUACUCCACAAGGAAAUAACGUGAUGGAAGAAAAAAGACUCUAGCCCCCAGGUUUAGCAAUACAUCAAAUGAAUUAUGGAAUAAGACUGUAAAUAUAACUUUUAAACGAGGUGUUACAGCACAAAAAGUAUAAUCAAGCUAAUGUAAUUUAGUGUUGGGAAAAGCACCGCUAUAAUUACAGUGAUUCAAAGGGGAAUAAUCAUUGUUUAAGUCAACCGACAGACCUACCGCAAGUGUCUGUAAACCCAAGCCGGAGGAAUAUACACAAAAAAAUAUUGUUCGGAUGCACAUUUGCUUCAUCUGACAAUAUGUGUAGACACUUUGUGUAUGUGCAGACACUUUGUUGCGACAUGUACUCAGAGAAGUAACACGAUAUGUUCCAAGGAAAGCAAGCCGUUUGCGCAUAUUCUCUACCAGCCAAAAAUAAUAAUAAUAAUAAUUUCACAUAACUUUACAUAUUCUGCUGCUCAACCUCUAAAUAAGCGAAAAAAAUAUAAUUAAGCGUUACAUAACAUUUAAGAAGUAAAGUUAGUUCUAUUGCCCCUUCCAAUAUUUGGCUAUUAGAAAACAACUUGUCGCCAUUGAUUGAUAGUUGUAAUUAGCAAGUGUAUCUUAUGUAAUCUUUUUAAGGUAAUUUGUUUACAAUACUAAUUGGAGAUUUACCUUUCUCGCGGAUGCGAUAUUACUCAAAUGCCAUGAUUUAUGGCGGGAAUCCGGUCUAAGGACCUAAGUCAUUAUUAUUUUGGUCAUGCAAUUUGCGGAUGAAGUGAUGCUAGCAUGCGCUGAGUUGUUCGUAAGCCACUGUCCACAAUGCCCUGAGUUGUUCGUAAGCCACUGUCCACAAUGCCCUGAGUUGUUCGUAGGCCACUGUUCACUUAUCAUUCCGCCUUCAGUGCUUCGCGGGAGACUAGUGUUACUAAUUAGACAAACUCGCAGAAAUCUUUAUAGUUCUCUUGUUUGUUUCUUUACUCCAUAGUUAGUCAUUUUAGCAUCAUUUCGGGUAAUUCGUCUCUUUGUUGUGUAAGUGGGCAGGUUUAAAAAGAUGGAAGAAACUUUUGUUCAUUUUGUCUCUGUCUCUUUGUCUCCCCAGUAUUAGCGUAAGCUACUAAGUAUACUGUUGUAUAGGGGAGUACUUUAUUAAAGCCUUUUCUUCCUUAAAAAAAAAAACACAAAACACCAUUUAAUCUUGUUGUCAUGCAGAUGUGUAUAUUUAUGUACAAGCAAUGUGCGCUUGGUGUCACUGCAGGUGUACAUCGGUUGAGUUAGAAAAUAAAAACAAGUUACUGUAAA